ACCAUUGUCCUGGCUUUCCAUUGACAGGGAGAAGCCACCUUCUCCUGUAGGGCCCCUUAACCCUCGGGCAGCUGCCAGAGCAUGGAUGCCUCCUGAUUCCGCCCUCUGCCCGAUGUUCCUCACGGUCAAGCUCCUCCUUGGCUGGAGAUGCAGCCUGAAGGUGUUGGGGCAGGAGAGCGUGGCCAUGCUCAAGAAGCUGGUGUCGAAGCGGCUGCAGGUGCCAGAGGAGCAGCAGCACCUGCUCUUCCGCGGCCAGCUUCUGGCCGAUGACAAGCAUCUCUCCGACUACUGCAUCGGGCCCAAUGCCUCCAUCAAUGUCAUCAUGCGGCCUCUGGAGAAGACGGCGCCCGAGGAGGCCCACCAGUCCCAGCCGCUGUGGCACCAUCUGGGCCAGGUCUUAGCCAAACACUUUGGGGCUCAGGAUGCCAAGGCAGUGCUGCAGCUGAUGAGGCAGGAGCAUGAGGAGCGACUGCAGAGGAUAAGCCUGGGGGACCUGGAGCAGCUGGCACGGUACCUCCUGACCGAGGAGCCACUAGUGGAGCCCCCAGGGGAGAGGGAGCCUGAGGCCACGACCUCAGAGCUCCGAGACCAGGAGGAGGAGGAGGAGGAG